AAAAAAAAAAAAACCUUUUCUUAAAUCAGGCGGUGAAGAGGUUCCAUUUCUCCAUCUGAGUCCAUCCUUUAUAAACCCUGAGGAUGCCCAUUUUAAGCAACUAGAUUCUUCUUCUAUCGUCUCUCUCGUCUCAAUCGCUGCAAGCGUUCGUCUGGUAGGAUAAUCAACUACAAUGGCAUCAAGGAUGGCUGCAAGGUUUGUGCCUCGGAGGUUUUCAAGCAGUGGAAAAAUUCUCAGUGAGGAGGAAAAAGCUGCAGAGAAUGUUUACAUCAAGAAAAUCGAGCAAGAGAAGCUGGAGAAGCUUGCACGUAAAGGCCUUAAACCAGAAGAGAAGCCAGCUGGAAGCUCAGGGGGGCCAGUCUCUGAUGCCAAACCUAGUGCCUCUUCCUCUGGAGCAUCAACAGCCAAGGUAUCGACUGACAAGUACUGGAAUUAUGCUGUUGUAGCUGGUGUUAUGACUGCUGCUGCUUCUCUCGGUUGGUAUCUCAAAGCUAGUCGAAAGAAGGAAGAAGUGCAGGACUGAGAUUGACAUGAUUUGAUAUGGACUAUCGAAGCUUCAGUUGUUAUAACUAGUUCUGGUAGAGCACAGGAAUAAUACAAGCUGUGAACCUUCUCUGUUUGUGUUCCGGAUGUAUACUGUUUUGAGGUCCGCAAUAUCCUCAUGACCUUUUCUGUUUCGGGAAAUAUAUGCGUAAAUGAUAGGUGUUUAGCACUUGGGUUUCCAGUGCGAUUGCUUUUCCAUUA